AUGGCUGCUUCUGCCCCUAAUCUCUACAGCUUUGCGAAUACCGAUGCUCUGGCCCAGCAACUGAGGCCUUACGUCCUCCGUAUACAGAACUCCGCCUUGAAUCGUCACAGCACUUUCCGUGUUGCUGUCUCUGGUGGUUCCUUGCCGAAGGUGCUGGCGCAGGCUCUCCUCGCGCCUGGAAAUGGCUCCGAAGAAGAUACUGCUCAGUUCUCUAAGUGGCACAUCUUUUUCGCCGAUGAGCGCGCCGUACCCCUCGACCACGAGGACAGCAACUACCGUUUGUUGAAGGAUGAAUUGCUCGAUAAGAUUCCAGCGGAAAUGGGGGCUCCCAUCGUGCAUACGAUCGACCCCGCUCACGUCAACGAUGAGGAUCCCCAGGAGCUGGCCGACCUGUACCAGGAGGACCUCAUGCGCUCCUUUGCGGCCAAAGACAGUGUGAAGCUGCCUGUCUUCGAUCUUAUCCUCUUGGGAUGCGGGCCUGAUGGCCACACCUGCAGUCUUUUCCCUGGCCACGAGCUUCUCAGAGAGAAGGAUGCUUGGACGGCAGCUAUCAGCGACUCACCCAAGCCGCCCCCGAAGCGCAUCACCCUUACUCUGCCGGUGGUCACGCACGCUCUCAACAUCGCCUUUGUCGCGACUGGGGGUGGAAAGAAGGAUAUCAUGAAGCAAAUCUUUGAUGCCGAGGAAGGAAGAGACUUGCCAUCCUCGUUGGUCAACCAGGGGGCCGGUGAGAAAGUCAGCUGGUUCACUGACCAUGCGGCCAUUGAGGGCGUCGCCUUCCCGAGACGUGGCAGCUUGUAG